AUGAAGCUUGUAACUGCAAACAGUGGAAAUGCAAGUUCAAGGAAACUGCUGGAAGAAUGCUGUGAUCCUGGGCAGCUCUUUGCUAUGACAAAGCUGAACUCCCCAAUGGGAAAGAACCUCUGGUUUGAUGGGGAAUUUUUGUAUUCUGUCACUAUUGACAAUGCAACUUACUCUCUCUUCCCACAGGCUACUCCCUUCCAGCUGCCACUGAAGAAAUGCUCCGUGGUGGGAAACGGUGGAAUCCUGAAAAAGAGCGGCUGCGGCAAACAAAUAGAUCAAGCAGAUUUUGUCAUGCGGUGCAACCUUCCUCCUCUAUCCAGUGAAUACAGCAAGGACGUUGGAUCGAAAACCCAGCUGGUGACUGCAAAUCCCAGUAUAAUUCAGAAAAGGUAG